AAUCUCUCUGUUGUGUGUAAGUGUGUGUAUGUGUGUGUUCGGUAGACCUAUUGGCAUACUAGUAGGAGAGAGAGAGAGAGAGAGAGAGCGAGGAGGGGGGUAGAGCCAGCGAAAGAGAGAGAGAACGUGCGUACGAGGGCUCAUGUAAAACCAGAUUAAAAACACAAGAUGGCUUCCUGAAUGGGCUGCUGGAACACAGACGAGAGAGAGAGAAAGAGACAGAGAAAGAAGAGUGGAGAGAGAGACAGAGAGAGAGAGAGAAGAAAGGGAUAGAGGGAAAGAGGUGAAGACGAGAGGGAGUCGGAGUCUUCUGAUGGGGAUUUGGCCAGCGGACGGAGGAGUACAAACCAAGGCAGCUCAGAGGCUUGGAGGGUGGAAUAUUUUGAAGACAUCAGUCAAAGCAGUUUGGGAAACCCUAAACUGGCAGCUGAGACUGUUUGUGAAGUCACUUCAGUGGAUGGCCCCAGAAGUGGAGGCCAGAUGGAAAUUGGGUCACAUGACCGCCUCCAGGAAGGAGCGCUGAACCUGGAACUGGCCAAUGGAGUGAAUCGCUACCGUACUGAUGAUGAGGAAUCUAUGGAAACGGAGCAGCAGAGGGCAGAAAGCAUGCCUCCGAGAAAGUGUUGGGUGGCAGGACAUGGCAAAGUUAGUGACACCCAACAGCAGCCCUGUUGGAACAGCAGCAGCGGUGCAACCCCUGGUGAGCCUGUGCACCAUGCAAACAUGGAGGAUGCCCACAAUCUGGUGGCUUUUUCCGCUAUUGCUGGCUCCUUGCCUCCCUCUUCUUCCUCUUCCUGCCUUGUCACACAGCCUAACACAGCCCAGUUAUAUGAAAGGUUCACCCAAGAGAUGGGUACUGAGGGGGCUCAGGCCAGAAUCUCUGCAGGUGCUCCUGAGGGAAGGCGUCAAACUCCAGAAGACCUGAACACCCUACAGACAGCACUGAGCCAGGCCAAACAUGGACACAAGCCCCCUAACUGCAACUGUGAUGGGCCUGACUGUCCAGACUACCGUGAGUGGCUGGAGAAGAAGAUACAGUUGGCAACCAGUGAGGACCAAGGUGCCCCCAAGAUCACUGAUGCUCCACCACACUUAGACCCUCAUCUACAACAACCCCGAUUGCAGCAUCAACCUCAGCCCUAUACCCAGGUAAAUGGUGGCAACCAUCUUUCUACUUCAUACUCUCAGCAGCUACAGGGAUCUCAAGGCCCAUACCAAGACCAAGUGCCCUGCUCCAAACCCCCAAUUCCUUGCUCCCCCCAGGUGCUCUCCAUAGCCAAGGAAAAGAACAUCAGUCUUCAGACAGCCAUUGCCAUUGAAGCCCUUACCCAGUUAUCUGGUACCAAUCCACAAGCCCCUGGCUCUCCUGGUCAAAGCCCUUACAUCAGUAACCUUCAUCACCACCAACAUACUCAGAAUCUCCCAUCCCAGCCACCCAAUGGCUCUAGCUUGAUUCCACACUCUCCUGGCACCCACUCAUCAUCUUCACGCUCUCAGUCCGUCCCUCCAGGAAUACACACCAGCCAGCAGGCUCCAGUGUCCUGUGAGCACCACAGGCCCCAGUCCCAGGGCCAGCCACCUCAUGCUUCCCCUCUCCCCUCCUCUACCUCUCCCUUCCCAGGUCAGGGAAAACCUCCAGGCUUCAGUCGCAAUCCCCAACAAUGGCAGAAGAGCUCGGGCAGAGUCUCUGAACAGAGGAAUCCAUGGAUGUGUAUUAAGUCUGAGCCCAAGUCUCACUUUGCUGCUGCACCGCACAGUAGCUCAGACCCUAUGUCAGAGCUCAAACAGCUGCUUGGUGACACCAGUGGCAAGUUUAGCAAUGCUCCUUUCAAGCUUCCAGUCACACAGCAGCUCAGCUUGAACCAGAAUGGAGGUAUCCAGGCCCAGGAUAACCCAGCACUGUCCAGGUUAAAGCAAGAGCAAGACUCUGGUGAGCACUAUCAUCAUGCUGCCUCCAUGGGACAUUAUGGCAUGGCUAAUGGUCAGCAGCAGGGUCAGCACCUCCCUGGCACUCCCUUGUCACAUGGCCAAGCAGUCAUCAGCCACUCCACUCAGGCAGCUCUACAACAGCACCUUCACUACAAGAGGAACCUCUUCUCUAACCACUCCCCUGGCUUUGGAGCACCAGGCCCAUGUGCACCGUUGGCUUGCCAAAGCUUAAAAAAAUGGUGGCCACAGAUGGACGCAGAAGGUUUGCCACAUCUGGCCAUCAAGCAGGAACCUAAAGAACCCAAGAAGAAAAGGAGUGUCCAGGGGUCUCCUGUCUUCAAAGGUAUGAGUGGGAUGCUUGCAAGCUCUCCCUUGACCAAACCCAAACAGAUAAUCAUCAAGAAGACCAAGCAGAAAGCCUCCAUGCCAACCUUCCUGCCUCAGACUCAGAUCUCCGUACAAAAACCACCAGUUCUCAUGAUGGACAGAGCCCCAGCCCUGACCAGCCUGCAAGCAGGUUGUUUUCCUCCUCUGCACCUCCAUAGUAACUCCACUCAGGCUGCUGCUGCAGGCCUCCCUGCCCCAGCCCAAUCUCAGGUAUCCAUGUCCAACUCCUCAAUGACUCCCUCUUUUACCGUUUCUGCUUUGUCAGAAAACACUCCAGCCCAUAUGGGCCGUCUGCCCCCACCUGUGGCUCCUGCAGCCCAUGCUAAGUCAGAAGGAGUGGGCACCCUGGCACCCAGUAACACCAGCACCACCACACCUCUGACCUCCACGUCUCCAUCCAGCACCUCACAAUUACCGGGUCUUAUCAACAUAGACCCUAAGUACGAAGAACUGAUUCGCCAGUUUGAGGCUGAAUUUGGGGAUGCCCCAGAUGCCUCUGCUGGUCAGCCUAUGGAGGAAAUUGCUACAGCACCGCAGCUGGGGAAUCAAUCCCAGACCAGUCCUCAGGACCUCAGUCCCACAUCCUCAUCCACAUCCCAGUCAGUUCCCUCAGUUCUCACCACUCAAGCUAAUUCCACACCUCAUCCAAGUUAUCAGGAGAUGGAAGCUCACAAGGACGAGUCAGGGACCCAAAGUGAAUCAACCAUGAACCAGGCAUCCACAGAAACCCCUGUGAAGGAGAAGCCUUCUCUGCAUCAUGAGGCAAUGCUGGACCAGCAGCAGCAGCCCAGUGUGAUAGAGGAUAAGUUCAGCAUGCCUUGUUCCCAGCUGCCUAAACGCAUGAAGAUUGAAGCCUUGGGUGAUAUAGCAGUUCUGUCCACCACAUGCUAUUCUGAAGAGGACACUCCCACGAAGGACAGUCUUCCUUCGUCUCCAUCUCUCAGAGGCUUCCUUGAGUCUCCUCUGCGUUACCUGGAGAGCCCCACCAAGAGCUUGCUGGAUACUCCCUCCAAGGAUCUACAGUCAGAGUUUCCCCUCUGUACCUGUGUGGAACACAUCCAGGAGAAAGACGAAGGACCCUACUACAAUCACCUGGGAUCUGGACCUACUGUGGCCUCCAUCCGAAAUCUGAUGGAAACAAGGUAUGGAGAGAAAGGGGAAGCCGUCCGGAUUGAGAAGGUGGUGUACACAGGCAAAGAGGGAAAGAGCUCACGAGGAUGUCCAAUCGCGAAGUGGGUCAUCCGCCGUGGCAGUGAGACAGAGAAGCUGCUUUGCUUGGUGCGUGAGCGUGCAGGCCACCACUGUGCCAACGCUGUCAUCAUCAUCCUCAUUAUGGCCUGGGAAGGUGUCCCGAAGAUGCUGGCUGACAAGCUGUACCGUGAGCUCAGCGACACCCUCACCAAAUACGGCAACCCCACCAGCCGGCGCUGUGGCCUGAACGAUGACCGUACCUGUGCAUGUCAAGGCAAGGAUCCUGAUAGUUGUGGUGCUUCCUUCUCGUUUGGCUGCUCGUGGAGUAUGUACUUUAAUGGUUGCAAGUACGCUCGAAGCAAAUUGCCACGCAAGUUCAGGCUACAAGGAGAUCACCCUGAAGAGGAGGAGAAACUCAGGGAUAACUUUCAGGAUCUGGCAACUGAGGUGGCUCCUUUGUACCAACGGCUGGCCCCACAGGCGUACAGUAAUCAGUGUCAGUCAGAGUCCAAAGCUCCAGAGUGCAGGCUGGGCAUAAAGGAUGGCCGACCGUUCUCUGGAGUCACUGCUUGCAUGGACUUCUGUGCCCACGCUCAUAAGGACCAGCACAAUCUCCAUAAUGGUUGCACAGUGGUGUGCACUUUAACUAAAGAGGACAACCGUUCGGUGCAGGAGAUCCCUGAGGACGAGCAGCUUCAUGUGUUGCCUCUAUACAAGAUCUCCCGGACUGAUGAGUUUGGAAGCGAGGAGGCCCAGCAGCUCAAGAUGCAAACAAAAGCCCUCCAGGUGCUGCAGGCUUUCCGCCGUGAAGUACGCAAAUUGCCUGAACCUGCCAAGUCUUGCAGACAGCGCCGACUAGAGGCCAAGAAGGCUGCAACAGAGAAGAAGAAAAGUAAACUCAUGCAGCAGGCAGGGGAGAUGCCAGAGAAAACCGUGUUGAAGACUGAGGUCUGCAGUGCACCUCAACCCCAAGGCAAUAAAGCAAUUAUAAAACAAGAGAUGAAGCCCAACAUCAAGAAGGAGCCCUUCAACGGAUCAAUAGAUGGAUACCCUGUGCAGGCAGCAGACCCAUUCAACAACAUUUAUCCACACCCUGCCUGCUAUGCAAGGGGAGGCUUCCCCCCAACUGGCCAGCCCUCUGCACCUGAUCCUGUGAAUGGUUACCAUCCACCAUCAAAUCUUCCCGGAGUGCACUAUGGCUUCUACAACUACCCCCCUAAUGUUCUUUUCCCCCCUAAGCUGAGGACCUAUGAGGGCCGAAAUGGCUCUUUGCCCAAAGCAGGCGGUAAGGCUGUCCAAGUCGACCAGAAACCUGAUAUUCAGAUCCUUCAGGCCAAACUGGCCCAGUCCUACCCUGGCCACCUGGAGCAAACCAGCCAACCACACCAUAGCGCUUAUGGCCAGCCUGCAGAUUACAACCAGUCCCGUCCUUCCUCUGUCUCCUCUGAGCACUCCAACAGGGGCACUCCAGUAAUCAAACAGGAGCCUAUGGAUGUGCCAGUCUAUGAAGGCACAGUGCCAAGCCAGGCUGGUGCUAACACACCGAGCAACAUCAUCCAGCAUGCUGCUUGGCCAGGACACAAGCUUAACGGAAGUAUCGUUCCCACAAACUGGGACAGCCAUCUGCACCAGAAACAAAGUCCUGAAGCUGCAUCAUUGCAACUGGAAAAGCAGCAGUUUCACCAGCAUUCCCAGCAGCGGCAGUCCUCUCCUUUCCCCCAGCAGUGGGCAUCAUACCCCGGCUCACAUGCCAUGAUGGCCUCCCCUGCCCCAUCACCAACACAUCAGGUACCUCUCUCUCCGUCUCCAUCCCCUCACCCUGGCACUCCGCUCCCGGGCAACAUAUACCAAGGCUCUGCACGUCCUUCCACCCCACACCCAAGCACCUCUCACCCAGGUACACCACAGCCUGGCAUUUCUCACUCAGGCUCACUUACACCACAGCCCGGUACCCCAGACCCAGGCAACCCCAGACACUGGUCCAGCCCUGCUGCAUAUAGCCCUGGUUUGAAGCACAGCAAUCCUGCAGCAUACCCUGACAAAAUCUGGUCCAAGACUGGGGAGAGUCGAUGUUCCACUCCCCUUGGGCUCCAGGAGAAGGCCUGGAAGUCUUGUGGAGGUUCAGUGGCAGGCAGUACUCCGUCCCCUGCCCCUGAGGGCCGUCUCUUCCCAGAUGCCCUACAGCAGUCAGAUCAGGUCCACUGGGACCUCAGGCGAGCUGACAGUGACAUAGAGAGAAUCAAGCGCCUAGAAGAGGAUGAGGUGUUUUCGGACAGCGAGCACAACUUCCUGGAUCCCAAUAUUGGGGGUGUAGCUGUUGCACCAGCCCAUGGCUCCAUCCUGAUUGAAUGUGCCCGUCGGGAAUUACAUGCCACCACACCACUCAGAAAGCCUGAUCGCUCCCACCCCACCCGCAUCUCCCUGGUCUUCUACCAGCACAAGAACCUCAACCAGCCAAUGCAUGGCCUGGCUCUGUGGGAGGCCAAAAUGAAGCUACUGGCGGAGCGAGCGCUGCAGAGGCAGCAGGAAGCGGCUCUCCUUGGCCUCUCCCAGGAAGACAUCAAGGCCCUUGGUAAAAAACGCAAAUGGGGGGCUACAGUGGCAGGUGCGAGUCCAGGACCAGGACAAUCUAAAGACAAGAGGGAGGGGCCGGUGACAAGGUUAGCCCCUACGUUCCACACCACCUCUAUGGUUACUGUGUCUCCCUAUGCCUUCACCCGCCUCACUGGGCCCUACAGCCACUUUGUCUGAGGUCAGACAGACACAAACUGACUACAGAAUGGUGCAAGGCUGGAGACAGCGAUGAGCAGGAUGAAUGUCUCCCCGCCCGUCUUGCAGUCUGGCAUCUCUCAAUCCUGCCCCCUCUGCAGUCCUCUUUGAGGAGGGGACAUUUUUAUUGUUUUUACCUCAUGUCAGGCAGUGGUUUGGGCUUCAGACACACUGCCUGUGGUGCUCUUCCUCUCUCUUCCCUGGAGAGGAACUCCAUUGCUUUCUCUUGUUUGUAGAAUUUUAAUGGUUCUAAUUAUUGCUAUUAUCAAUAUUAUUAUGAUUGCUAUUGUUACUGUCAAUGUUGUUAUUACAGGUAUUAUUAUAAUGAAGACUUGUUUUUUUUUAUUAUUGAUGUUUUCAUUAAUGUUAUUAAUGAUAUCAUUUUUUUUGUUUAUAUAUAUUUUUUAAACCAAUCAGUCUGAGUCAGUGGGACUCAAACAAUUUCUUUUUCCAUGUUUGGAAAACAUGUUCCCUAUUUUCCAUUAGACUUUCUUUGUUCUUAAUAUUCCAGCUGUGCUUAGAGGAGGAGCCAUUAUUUGUGGGGCAAGACAGCAAAUCAAUAUCGCAGUAAUCAUACCGCUCUAUAUAGUAAAGCCUUUACAGCAGGCUUCCCGUAGAUAUGUAUCUCCAUUAUUGACAGAUAUGAAGCCUUAAUUUUAUAGAAUCUACUUUUAAAAAAUGUAUUUUGAAUAUUAUCAAUGUGGGUCUAUAUUUCCUAAAUUUGGUAGUUCUGCAGAAUGUUCCACAUUUUCCACAGUGGUUGGUUUCAGUGUGUAUCUGAGAGCAGUGACCCUGUGCUCUGAAGUCAUAAAUAAUAAUAAGCCCUAAAACCCCACAUUGCUGCUUCUCUUGUACCUGGAUGAUGUGCUCCUCCUCCUCUUCUAAACCCUCCAGCUUUCAAUUGGUGCUCAGCUCUGUUCAAUUUUCAUUCCACUACUCUUCAUGGCACUUGAUGCUGUUUUUGUUCUGGUGCUCGAGCUUAGAUCUGGCUCAAAUGGUAUUUGCAAGUUAAUAUUUUUCUUAUGACCAAGGUGGAGUAUCAGAGUGAUUGGGAUUAUUGUUAUUGACAAGACAAAAGUGCAGGAAAUUAACCAUGCAAAGAAAAGUAUACUGACUUACUAAUGUUUUGUUUUCCUGUGUGGAAAACAUCUGGUAAUCCACAGAGGCUAAAAUAAGUGGUACUAUUUUUAAAUGCUGUUUGAACCAGAUCAGCAAAUAUCAUAUAGAGAUGUUAUAGGUUGCACUCUGUAUCAUCCUAUCACAUUCAAGUGGGGUUGACCACUUUCCAGUGUAAACUCUAGAGGGCAGCAGUGACUACUGUUUCAAAGUGGUGUGUACAGACAAACCUUCAAGCACUUGAGAUCCAUUCAGAAGACAGUAGAGCCUUGCCUUGCUGCUUUGACCAUCUAUGGCCAAUAGAGGGAGUUCUCACACCCUGUUUGCUGAUCGUGGAUGAUAUUUGUUAAAGCAGCUGGAGGUAACGCUGAUCUUUGCCCCAUUGUGGCACAAAUGUGAAUGAAGAGCAGAGAUGGCUUUGUGAGGCCCAUCCUGGGUCAGAGCAGAAGGACACAGUGUUGGGAUAGUAGUGUUUUCGGUGCUCCUAGACACACUCUGGUGCUCUCCUAUUACACUUGAUAUACUGUGAAGGGCCCACCCCGUCCUCUGCAUGGUGCUGUCAUCUUCGAGCAGAGCGAGGCGUGUCCUUCUGCAGGCACCUUGUCACCACGGAGACAAGCAAUCAAAGCAGCGGCCUUGUGUUCACAGCUCUGUCCCUGGGCCUUAGAAUAGGUUCCUUCUGCGGCGAUGUUUUGCAGUUUGUCAUGGAUAAGUGGUUUGAUUUCACAGAAAAGUACACUGUACAGAGCAGAGAAAGCAAAGUUGUUCAAUGCAUUCUCGGAAACUCAUUCACGGAGAAAAUACAGCACUGAGAGUCAAAGGGAGAUCUUAGAAAAUUACUGGUGCUUCUGGGAUUUGGCAUGAAAUGCAAUUGCAUUGAGUCAAUGGAUCUCUCACUUUGUGUGUAUGUGUGUGAGUGUGUAUGUGUGUGAGUGUGAGUGUGUGUGAGUGUGAGUGUGCGUGUGUGUGUACAUGUGUGAGUGUGCGUGUGUGUGUGUGUGUGCAUGUGUGAAAGAGAAGAACCAAAGAGAGAGACUAUUUGAUAACAGCCAGUAGAAUCCCAUGAAUCCCUCAUUUUUAUAAUAUCUCCAAUCAGGUGACUAUCACGGUUUACUUUCAACAUGUGAUGGAAAUUAAAAUGAACAUGAGCGACUAAUAGAACUUGACACAGACCAACUCCUGGAUGCUGUGUGGUUGUUUGGGUCAAGGCCCACCUGUGAAAGACCCCUCAUCGGGGGGUCAGUCUCCAGCUCUCUACCUCACGCUGUAGAGACACUGGUCACAAUCCCAACUUGCUACUGAGGGCAGAGAAUCAAGCAUAUGUCCCUUUGUGUGCUCUAGAUCUCCUCACUCGUUUUAACCUCCUUUUUUUUUUACUCUUUAUUUAUUACUACAUGGUGAUGAUGAUAAUGAUUGUCUUUGAUGUUUUUUUUUUCAUCUUUUUUAUAUAGCUAAUACAAAUUGUACAUACAGAAGAAAAGAUUUAUAAAAGCACUUUUAAUCUUGAUUUUAAAGACAAAAAGAAAGAGCCGAAUAUUCACAACUUGAAGCUUAGGUUUUUUUGGGGGGGGGUUUCUCAAGAGAGAGAUAAAAAAUGUAAAUAUUAAAAUAUUUAGGUAAGAUUAUUUAACUGGUGAGGAUAGUAACUAAACAAUGACAUAACAAGGGGGUAUUUUGAAGUGUCUGACAGCCCAUAACAACAGUAAACAACACUUGGACCUGUUGUGUUGUGUGUACAUGUGUGCUUCGUAACACUGCUGUUUUGCUUUCUUAAGUACUGUUCCCCAUGUCAGCAUGUAACCGACAAAGACCAGUCACUUUCUAAAAACUCAUUAGCCCACUUAUCAAACAUGGAACUGCACUUGACUUGAUCGCCCCAUGUUUCUUGUUGUCUGACCAAAACCUUGACAAAUAAUAUGUGAAGAGAAACUCUCAUUAUAAAGUAAUAAUAAUGUCAAAUUUGAAUUUAACCCUGAAAAAUAUCACAACUCAACAACAAUGAUCAGUAAGCUAAGAACAAAUCUAAGUAGGUUGCCACAAACCUGAUCCGUCUUUUGUUUAAAGGAGUAGUUCAACAUUUUGGGAACAAUGAGAAGAUUGAAGCCAUUUCUACAUCUGAAGAAUAAAUGUUAAGCUAUAUCCAGCCGCUGGUUAACUUAGCUUAGCAUAAAGUGUAGAAACAACGGAAAUAAACCCACCUGAUGUUUUCACCAACUUGAUAUAACGUGUUAGUGAACUGUUAAGUUUUUUAUGCCAACACACGUGAAAGAGCUUCAAUGUUCUCCAAUCACCCAACAAGAAAGUAAAUAAGCGUAUUUAACCACAAUGUUGAACUGUUCCUGUAAUGUCAGUAGACCUGCUCUUGUUUAACCGGUGGAGCAACAUGUUCCAGAUGUUUAGGGAUCACUGGAGGCUGCAGAUCAAGUCUAAAGUGAAUCAGUGGGCGAUGUUUUAGCAAGUUAUUAAACAACCACAAUCUUUGUCAGUUGUGUUAGACUAUCAGGUAUAUCUGCCUCCCUGCUUGUUUAGAUGUAUCCGUCAUAAUUAUCUAAUCUAGUUCUCAUAAUAGUAAGUAUGCACUUGAUGUCCCUGUGGAGGACACAGUGUUUAGGUUGUGAUGAUAAUUAUAAAACACACACACACAUUAUGGUUAACAGUAGUGUGAUUGGUGCAAGGGCAGAGACUGGACCCACUUUUCCUUUUUUACCCAUGAUGCAUGGCCCACAUUAUAUACACAUACACACUUAACCUUAAUUGAGGGUGCUGAGGAUACGGUAUACAUCAUACCUAAAUAACUGUACAUUUCCAAAAUGACUCACCAGUUUGGUGGGUGGUUCUUGCGAGGAUUGGUGCUAUUAUGAUGCUACACCUUAAAUUCAGUGUGUGUAAAACAUUUGAGUGAUAUAAAUGAUCACCACUAAUAUUUUUCUGAGCUCCUCAAAUGUCCAGAGGAUUAUACUUUUGAUUAAAGCGGUUUCACAGGAUCAGAAGCUGCCCUGGUGCUGACUUUAUGAAAAGUCUUUUGUUACAACGCUACAAGUGUACAUCUCUUUUUUGAGGGCAGGGGGAGACUCAGACAGCUGAACCUACUCUCUAUCAACAUUCAUUCCAAGUUGUACUUGAAGUCAUUUAAACUCAGACGAGAUAUAGAAUCAGAUUAUAUGAAGACUGUUAUCCGGGGUUCAUGUUUUGGUACAGUGCAAGUACCAAAGGUUGUUAAAAUUAUCUUUUGAGUAUGUUGUAUAUGUUCAUGUUAAUUGAAUGCUAAGAUAUUUGGACAAUACCAGGCUAGCAAUUGUGUAAUGCCUCCCUCUUUUUCUCCCUAGUCAUGCACUUCCUUUACUCCACCACUCUCUUUCUCUUAACACCUUGUAUAUUUUAUCUUUCGCUUUCACACACAAACACACACACACAUAGACAUACAUAUGCAUCUCACUGUGUAUGGCCCUAAUUUAAUAAACACUCUUAAUUUCAGAAAGAGACCUUGACCCUGGCCCACUCAAAGAAAAAGAAAGAAAAAAAAAAGAAAAAAAAGGAAACGAACCAACACAACUGGCAGCUACAUUCCUUUUUGAGUUUUGGGAUUGUUCUUGGUUCUUUUUUUUUUCAUGUCAAGGAUGCAGUAUGUAAAAAAAG